AUGAACCGAGGGAUUCACGCGUAUCUUUGGUUUAUCGAGGGUUUCGUUCCUCCUCUCUGCAACAAUGGCGAAACCUGGGCGAGGUCGUCGCUCUCCCUCCGGUUCCGUUUCCGCCGCCUCCUCUUCUCGCUCCUCUUCCCCCUCCGAUUCUCGCUCCUCUCGUUCUCGCUCCCGCUCUCCCUCGCGCUCCAGAUCUUUCUCGUCGUCCUCCUCCUCUCCCUCCCGAAGCUCCCGCAGCCGCAGCCCUCCGCCGCAGAGGCGCAGAAGGUGCCGUUGAUUUCUUCGAUCCGAGGUCCCGCUGAAGCAGCUAGGCGUGGUCGGUCUCCUCCACCUCAGUCAAAGAGAGCUUCACCUCCUCCAAGGAAACCGUCUCCUGUAAGAGAAUCACUUGUCCUUCAUGUAGAAAAGCUCAGCAGAAAUGUCAAUGAGGGUCAUUUGAAGGAAAUUUUCAGUAACUUUGGUGAGGUUGUAAGUGUGGAGUUGGCAAUGGAUCGAACUGUCAAUCUUCCAAAGGGAUAUGGAUAUGUGCAGUUCAAGACAAGAGAGAAUGCUGAAAAAGCCUUACUGUACAUGGAUGGUGCCCAAAUAGAUGGCAAUGUUAUCAAGGCAAGAUUUACACUACCUCCAAGGCAGAAAGUUUCACCACCCCCAAAGGCUUCCGCUGUUGCUCCAAAGAGAGACACCCCCAGGAUUGAUAAUGCUAGUGCAGAUGUUGACAAGGAUGGGCUAAAGCGUCAAAGAGAAUCUCCUCGAAGAAAGCCUCCCUCACCACGGAGGAGAUCUCCUAUACCUAGAAGAGCUGGAUCUCCUAGACGACCAGAUUCUCCUCGCCGCCGUGCAGAUUCUCCUGUUCGUCGCCGAUUAGACUCUCCUUAUCGUCGUGGAGGAGACACUCCUCCUAGGAGGCGACCUGUGUCUCCUGGAAGAGGUCGAUCUCCAUCUCCGCCAAGGCGUCUUAGAUCCCCUGCUAGGAUCUCACCUAGAAGAAUGCGUGGAAGCCCAGGGCGGAGACGUUCACCUCCUCCUCCUCCUCCUCCUCGGCGCCGAUCACCACCUAGACGAGCCCGCAGUCCGCCUAGAAGGUCUCCACUUGGUCGUAGACGUACUCGCUCUCCAAUGCGUAGGUCUGCACGUUCACGCUCAAGGUCUUUCUCACCUCGCAGAGGUAGGCCACCUGUUAGACGUGGGAGGUCAUCAUCCUUCUCCGAUUCACCAAGUCCACGCAAGGUUUCCCGGAGAUCAAAGAGUCGUAGCCCAAGAAGGUCCAAGUUAAAUGUUAAAGAAGGCACACACAACGAGACUAAGGUAGCAGGUAGAGUAAGAGAUUUCAUGGCAGGCAGUGGCCUGCAAUCUUUGGGUCGCGUGAAGCUUACUGAUUUAGUCCCUUCGGAUGGGUUACCAUCUGAUUCUUAUAAAAUAUCAGUUUCAAUUUUGUCACAAUCUCUGGCUCAGUUUUCGGCUGUAAUCAUCCAGUUUCCAGCUAGUGAUGGCUCUCUUCUGAGAUCUGGUUUAGAAUCUGCUCGCCUUUAUUUUCACCAAAGGGAAACAUACCCACCUGCGGAUAUCAUCCAUACUAGCGAGUCUCGUGAAUGGUGCAAAACAUCUGGUUAUUACGCAGAUCCUCAUUUGUGGCAAGAAACAUUUGACUAUAGACCAGGAUUGACCCCUUCAGAACCUAAUAAUUCCAUAGAGUUACCCCCGGCAGGUUUGUCAGACAUAUUUGCCUUAUUUGGAAAAGCAGCAAGGGAUAUUCUGGAUGCAAUUAGCUACCAUUUGAAUUUGCGCAGUUCUCCAUUUGUAGAGAUACUGGAUAAUGUUCCCCUGAGAAAUAGGGAAAUUUCAUCUUCAGUCUUGUCUGUUUGCUGUCACGGAAGGCCAUCAUUUCAGGGUCCACAGCAUCAUAGUAUAACUUCUCAAGAGGAUGGCCAAUUGAUUAUGUAUCCUGACCAUGAUCACCAGGUUGAUAAAAGCUUGCUAUCGCUUGUUAAGUCUGACAGGGCAGGUCUACAUGUAAGAGACUUUCAAGGCCGGUGGAUUCUUGUGGAUGGAGAUCUGGGACCUCAAGAAGCUAUUGUUUAUCCUGGGCUUGCUCUUUAUCAAGCAACUGCAGGAUAUGUAAACCCUGCAUUGCACAAAACUGAGCUUAAUAUGGAGGCUAAUAUGUAUGGACGAUGUUCUUUAGCCUUCAAACUUUUGCCUAAAUCAAUGACCAGCUUGGAUUGUUCUGAAAUGCGAGCAGCAGGUUAUGGAAUUGAAGCACAGUUCCAGCUUCCCGUCCCAGUGGAUGAUUUUAUGCAAAGACCUCAUCCAACAGAUCAUCUCUUUAAUCGACCUAGUUUCCAGUGCUUCAAUUUCCAACCAACACAUGAUGGAUCUAUGAAGACUCUGAUGCGGAGAAGGAAGCAAUAUCCCAAGAGCAAACCUUUGCCACCUUCCAAGAGGUUAAGGCUUGAGGCGCAGAAAGUUUUGAAAGAAAAGGUCCAGGAUAUUGCAGAUAAGAAAGGCAUCAAGCUGCGGUUCUGUAAUCUCAAGGAAUGCGAAAGUCACAUUCACAGUGUAGAUAGCCCAUGUGCAAAUAUACGAAUGGAGAUAGGGUGGCCUCUUGGUGUUCCAUUUGUCCAUCCCCAUGAUUUACCUAACAAGGCAAAGCUGGGUUUCCUUGAAGCAUAUGAACCUGGUUGGACAGAAGCCCAUCAGAACUCAGGCAGGCUAGUCAACACUCGGCUAAUUUUAACUAAUAUGUUCAUAAUUUGGUAUCUGCAGGAAUCAGUCCCCCUGAUAUCCAACACAUGGGCGACAUAUGAUCAGGUUGUGAAGAUAGGCCUAUAUAGUCCUCAAGAGGGCUCUGAACCUAUUUGUAGCUAG